GCCGCCGCCCGCGGAGCAGCAGAGCAGCCGCAGCUCUGACUGUUUUGUGGGCAUUUUUGCUGGACUUUGGUAGCAUCAGGAAUCAGCUAUAGCUCCUGCCUGCCARCGCCGCAUUUCCUCAUCCCUCUGCGGGUUAUUCCACACCUGAGCCACCGAGGCCUGGAGGCAUCGCUGUGAGCGCCUCUCCCGCGGGCUCCUGGAGGCGCAGGAUGACUCUCCUGGAUGGCGUGUACCCCUUCUACCCGCAGCAGAGGAAGGCUGCCUCGUUCGACAUCAGCACUGUCAUUGUCAUCGUGGUGUUCCUGGCGCUGGCGUGCAGCUUCCUGCUCAUCCUCCCGGGCAUCCGCGGACGGGCGGUGCGUGAUCCCGGGCUGCCCAGGGCUCCCUGUCCUGGCUGCUGUCGGGUGGCUCUGGGCGAGGCAGGAGGAGAGCCGGGGCUGCUCCUGCCUGCCUGACACGCCGCCUCUUUCCCUGCAGAGGUUGUACUGGAGCCUCCGCGUUCUCCUCAGCCUCUUCGUGGGAGUGGUGAUUGUCGUUGUGCAGUUCACAGGGGACUGGGAGAGCGGCUGGGUGCAGGCAAACACCUCCUACAAGUCCUUCAGCCGUGUGUGGGUGAACGCGGACAUCGGGCUGCACAUCGGCCUGGCGGGGCUGAACGUCACACUCAGGGGAAACCCGGUGAGGCAGAUCAACGAGACCAUCGACUACAACGAGCACUUCCCCUGGAGCUUCGGGGCGGAUUACGACCGCAGCUACAGCGAGGGGCUGCACAAGGGGCUGCCCAGCCCCAUCCUCUACGUGGCAGAGAAGUUCAGCACGCAGAGCCCCUGUGCUGUGCACGGGCAGUACCGCAUCGCCGGACACUACGCCUCGGCCACGCUCUGGGUAGCCUUUUGCACGUGGGUCAUCUCCAACAUCCUCUUCUCCAUGCCCGUCCUCGUUUACGGAGGAUACAUGCUCCUGGUCACCGGGGCCUUCAUGAUCUUCUCUCUGCUCUCCUUCUCCACCGUGAGGAACUCCCCGAUGUGUCUGAUCCACAUUGGGACCGCCACCCUGCACGUGGCCUACGGGGGAUCUUUCUGGCUCAUGCUGGCGAUUGGCCUGCUCUGCUUUGUGGCUGGGACCACCAUCGUGGCCAUGCACCACCUCAACCUGGACCUGCUCAAAACUUUCUUUGGUCUCCGUGAGGACAAAGCAGAGGAGUUCCAGGAAAUGCCUGAGGUGUUCACCAACCUUCACUUGGUGACCCAGGGCCUGUCUCCUCAGCCCUCUGAAAUCAACAGCGUCUAGAGUAAGGCUCUCACUCCUCUCCUGAAGGUGCCCCCAAAAGGGCAGAACACAAACUCUCCCUGAUGUCUCCAGAGACCCCUUUCCCCCCUUUUCCAGCUGCCUUUGGAGUCCGCUCUGGGGUAGGUCCUUGCUGGGAAAUACCCUCACAGACUGCAUCUCCCUGCUGGUGCCCUGUGGCAAGGUCAGGCUGUGCUGGCAGGYUGCCAUCAGAGCAGUCACAGCUCCUGGGGAUCCCUGUCCCAGCAGGAAUGUCCCUCCUGCUCCACGCCCUGCCACAGCAGCAUGGGGAUUGUCCCAUGGUGUGUCCCCCUGAAACUGAGAAACAGCUCACGAGUGACAUUUCUGCCUGGAAGCUCUGCCAGUCCAAAAACCAGAGAUUAAACCUGCUCAUUUCCUUCCCAAACAUGACAUUUUGAGGUUUAGGCACAGAUCCAGCUUCUGCAGCCAGGAUGCUGCAGGAGCUGGAAUAAAAAAUCUGCUCCAGAAACAAAGUACCAUGGAGUUUGCUGUGGGGGUUGUGGUCAUGUGGUUCUUUUUUGGACUUUUCAAAUUUGGGCCUGUAUUAGACAAAAUGAACCUAGUGUGGGCCAAAAAGAUGCCACAGGAAAGGAAGGAGAGUGUAGAAUGAAGUUAUCCCUGCCCAGCAGGAGCACACUUGGACUGGCUGGGCAGCAGGGGAAGGGAGGAUUCUGCCCCUCUGCCCCAUUCAGGUGAGACCCCACCUGCAGAGCUGCCCAAGCCCUGGGGCCAACAGCAGAAGGAGCUGGAGCUGCUGGAGAGAGCCCAGAGGAGGCCACGGAGCUGCUGCAGGGCUGGAGCCCCUCUGCUCUGGAGCCAGGUUAGGAGAGCUGGGGGUGCUCACCUGGAGACGAGAAGGAUCCAGGGAGAACUCAGAGCCCCUUUUGGGGCCUGAAGGGGCUCCAGGAGAGCUGGAGAGGGGCUGGGGACAAGGGAUGGAGGGACAGGACACAGGGAAUGGCUCCCACUGCCAUAGGGCAGGGAUGGAUGGGAUAUUGGGAAGGAAUUGUCCCCUGUGAGGGUGGGGAGGCCCUGGCACAGGGUGCCCAGAGCAGCUGUGGCUGCCCCUGGAUCCCUGGCAGUGCCCAAGGCCAGGUUGGACAUUUGGGCUUGGAGCACCCUGGGAUAGUGGAAGGUGUCCCUGCCAUAGCUGGGGGUGGAACAAGAUGAGCAUUAAGGUCCCUUCCAACCCAAACUAUUCUGGGAUUCUGCAUGUGAAUGCUGGAAACCUGGGCACUUUCAUUCCCAUUAAUUGUAAAAUACUUCAUUUCAGUAUUUUUACUUUUCUUCCUGAGAAAAGACCCUUGCUAUUAAGUUACCUAUUUCUGUCAGAUGAUGCUCGUGUAUCACUAAUGUGGUUUGAUCUGCACAGGAAUUAUUUUCAAUAAAACUUUACUAAAACCCGUCG